AUGUCCAAUCCCUACCACGCCCGUCCUCUCCACGACUACUUUAUUUCCUCUCCUCUCGUCGCUCUUCUCUAUCCUCUCCAUCAUCUGCUUCUGCGGCUGCGCGGCCCUCCCCGCCUGCCUCCACCCGACCUUCGUCCCAUCCGUGUCGUUUGCAUCUCCGAUACCCAUACCCUCGAAUGGUCCGACGUGCCCGACGGUGAUCUCCUCAUCCACGCGGGUGAUCUCUGCGAUGAUGGCAGCAUCCGUGAGAUCCAGGCGGCCGUCGACUGGCUCAACAAACUGCCUCACCCCCACAAAGUCGUGAUCUGUGGCAACCACGACAGCUACUUCGACGUCCGCUCCCGACGAGAUGAAGACCGUGAUCUCAAACCCUCCACCUCGUCCUUCUCGACUGUUUCCGCCUCCACAGCUUCCAUCCGCUCCCUCGACGACCUCGAACUCGAAAACUUCCGCAUCGACUGGGGCGACAUCCACUACCUCCAGCACUCCUCCGUCACCCUCUCCUUCCCUUCCUCGCCGUCGUCGCCGUCUGCCUCACGCUCCUUGACCCUCUACGGCGCACCGCAAAUCCCCGCCCUCGUCCCCUUUGGCCCCGAACACGCCUUCACCUACCCUCCCCACCACAACGCCUGGUCCGGCACUAUCCCCCAAGAAACCGACAUCCUAAUCACCCACACCCCGCCGCAAGCCCAUCUCGACCUCUCCCCUAUCUACUCAACCGGCUGUCCCUUCUUGCUCACCGAGGCAUGGCGAGUCCGGCCCGCGCUGCACGUCUUCGGACACAUCCACGCUGGCUACGGCAUAGAGCCCGUCUACUGGGACAAGGCGCAGCGGGCAUGGGAGCGACUAUGCGCCUCGCGACGGGACCGGGCAGGCCAUGGCCGUCUGUGGUCGCUGUUUGGAAUAUUCCGCGACCUCUUCGAUGUGCACGGAUGGGUUGAUACAGCUCGAGUCCUUACGUAUGGAGUUCUGGGGGUUGUCUGGGCCAAGGUCUGGGGUGGGGAGAAUACAGGCUGCGGGUGGAUGGUGAAUGCUGCGUGCAUGUAUCAAAACAGUGGGAAGCUGGGGAAUAAGCCACAAGUGGUGGAAUUGUAG